GGGAAGUGGGAGGGACAGAGGUCACAGAGGGUCUCCCAGGAGGGAGAGGAACCGGGGGAGUGAGAGACGAGAGGGACCCGGCUGUGCAGCAACGCCUCUUGCUAUAAAUCUUGGGGGGUCCGAGCCGCAAAGGGAUACAAGCGCGUGACAGCCGCAGCCAGCUAGCCAGGGGACAGACGGGCGGCGGUGGCGGCGACGGGCUGCUCCUGGCGGGGGGGAGAUCCGGAGGAGCCUGGCUCGCCCAGGGCUGAGCUGCUCGCCCCAGACAGCGCGCAGAGAGCCCGGGCGGGACCUCCCGACUUUGCCAUUGCACCGCCAGCUCACCACGCGGGGCGCGCACCAGCCUGCAAGUUCCUGCUGCCUUAUAAAGUUUAUAUUGUGCCUGAAACCAACCUGCAACUGAAGAGAUCAAGAUGAGCCUUAAUUCAUCUACCGAAGGGACUGUUAAAAGAAUCCAUGUUGACUGCCCCGUUUCAGGAAGGCAUGCCUAUAUAUACAUUAUGGUUCCAACUGUUUACAGCAUCAUCUUUAUUGUAGGCAUAUUCGGGAACAGCUUGGUGGUCAUUGUCAUUUGCUUCUACAUGAAAUUAAAGACUGUGGCUAGUGUCUUUCUGUUGAAUUUAGCCCUGGCUGACUUGUGUUUCCUAAUGACAUUGCCACUGUGGGCAGCCUACACAGCCAUGGAAUACCACUGGCCUUUUGGCAACUGUUUAUGUAAAAUAGCAUCAGCUGUGGUAAGUUUCAACCUGUAUGCCAGUGUGUUUCUACUCACAUGUCUUAGCAUUGACCGUUACCUGGCUAUAGUACAUCCAAUGAAGUCUCGACUUCGGCGCACCAUGCUUGUUGCCAAAAUAACUUGCAUCGGCAUCUGGCUGCUAGCAGGACUGGCUAGUUUGCCUGUCCUAAUUCACCGUGAUGUAUUUUUUGUCGAGAAUAUGAAUAUGACAAUUUGUGCUUUUCGAUACAAGACCCAUAAUACAACACUGCCUGUUGGGCUAGGUUUAUCUAAGAACAUGUUGGGUUUUUUAAUUCCCUUUUUGAUAAUUUUAACAAGCUACACCUUAAUCUGGAAGACGCUGAAGAAGGCUUACCAAAUUCAGAAAAACAAGACCAGAAAUGAUGACAUUUUUAAGAUGAUUGUGGCAAUAGUACUUUUCUUCUUCUUUUCCUGGAUUCCUCAUCAAGUGUUUACAUUUCUGGAUGUAUUAAUCCAGCUACGUAUCAUAACAGAUUGCCAAAUUGUUGAUGUUGUGGAUACAGCUAUGCCCUUCACCAUCUGCAUAGCUUACUUCAACAAUUGCUUGAAUCCCUUUCUUUAUGGUUUUUUUGGAAAAAAUUUAAAAUAUUUCCUGCAGCUACUAAAAUACAUUCCACCAAAUGUCAGAGCACAUCCAAGUCUAACAACAAAAAUGAGCUCCCUUUCCUAUCGACCAUCAGAAAACUUAAGUUUAUCCAUGAAAAAGACUAUUGGGUCUUUUGACAUUGAGUGAUGUCUUUUGUGCUAUAUGUUUCUAGAACAACCUUGCAUAUCAAAGUUCACCCACAGUCCUGACCAUCACAGCUUACUGCACAUUACUAAGACAUUAAAUCAUCUACUAGAAAUCAUCUUUGGAAGAUUUAGCAGUGUCCUUUUAUAUUGUCAAGAGGACUGUUUGUUAUUUUUAUUUGAAGCAACCCAAGAAGGUGGCAGUUGGAAGUCAUUUAGCAUCCUUCCUCAGAACUCAGAACUUUGGAAGAAGCGUACAUGAUGCUCCUGGAAAGAUCUCAGAACUUAGGUUAAGGCAUGAUCAAUUGUGAAUUAUAUGAACUCUGCAGAAUUUACUUUCAACAUACAUAAGCAAUUCUAAGCUAACCAUUUGGAAUUGUUAUGCAAAAUGUUGCCAGAGUCAAACAGAAUGUUUGUUUUCUUUCACAUGAUAUUUGGUGGGGAUGGUGGAGAACAGAGCUAUGUCUGAAAUAUGAAAAAUAUCCAUUUUUCCUUGAUACAAAUAUUGCGUAUCAUUACAUUUAUAAUAUACCCAGUUGGUGAAAAUAUAUAUAUUCUACAUAUGCAGGUCUCACUCCCAUCUCAGAUUGAGAUUUAAGGAUCAAGACUGUGUUCACAUACAUUUUUGCUAUUAUUAUUCAUUUUAAACAUGGCAAAAGUUUAUAUAAUAUAUGAAAUAAAAUGCAGUUUUAUUUAUUAAA